GCCGGAUGAAAUAAGUAUACAGUGAAUUCAAUUAGAUCAGUUCAUGUGUUGAGUGACAAAAUUUUGACAUUGGCUUCGUCCUUGACGGGAAAUGUCGAAAGCACCCGAAAAGCAUCCUCACCUCAUCAAUCAACAAAUCCCGGAUGCCCGGAUUGGUCCGGAAAUGGUUAAUUAGGGUUGUUCUCGUGUUUUCAGUAAAUGCAACCUCUCAGUAGUUUUUAUUUUGUUAUGUAACUACAGUUCAACACAGCUUUACACAAAACAAACUAAUUUUAUGUUGGAAAAUCGUACUGGAAAAUCGUAAACAGGGAAAAUGGCAACGACUGAACAAUUUUCGCUAAGGUGGAACAAUUUCCAUUCGAACAUGACCUCAGGUUUCCACGAGCUACUCGAAGCCGCUGAUAUGGUCGAUGUGACAUUGGCUGUGGACGGACGUUUUUUACAAGCCCACAAAAUAGUCCUCUCCAUUUGCAGCCCAUUUUUCAAACAAAUGUUCAAAGUAAACCCUUGCAAACAUCCUAUUGUGAUAUUAAAAGACAUAGGCCACGAGAACAUGAAGGACAUUUUAGAAUUUAUGUACAUGGGUGAAGUUAGCGUGCUCAGGGAAAACCUAACUCAAUUCCUGAGGACCGCGGAACUCCUACAAGUCAAAGGAUUAACCGGUGACGAUUCUAGUGAUGAUUCUUCGCCGAUCGAAGCGAAAGGGGAGUGCGAUAACGAAGACGAUAACGAAAUGUACGGGCAUCUAAUCGAGUCCGAUGUCGAGUUACCCCCGUACUCUCAUUCCUCGCCUUUACCACCUACGAGCCAGAACAAGAGACCGAAACCUAGUGCAAACGGUAGUACAAAUAGCAAAAAAACCAAAUUACAAAUCGACAAUCACCAGUCUCAGCUGAAAAGCGUGAAAGCCGAUUACGAACAGGCGCAGUUCAACGUGGAAUCGAACACGUCCGGUACUUACCAACCGGUCAACGAUACCGUACUGAACUCGUUGAAAACCAGUCCCGGUUCGGACGAUGCCAAAGAGCCCGUUAACAUGAAGACAGGAUGGGACAAUUCGUCGGAGAUAUUGAGUAAUUGCCCCGAUCAAGGAAGAGCGGACGGGCGUAGCAGUAAGAACCAAUUCCAAUGCAGGCAGUGUAUGAAGAGGUUCUCGAGACGCGACCACCUCAGAACGCACGAAAAGAACAUACACGGCGAAUUCGCCGGCCCGUUCAAGUGCAGCAUUUGCACGCAAUUGUACAAAAAUUCGGAAAGCCUGCGCAAGCACAUCGCCAAAUUUCACUUCUCCGCCGUGCAGGAUCCCGUUCGAAGGGUCGAAGUUAAUGCGUGAACCUUUACGUUAUUAUUUUUUUCUUUAGUUACAUUUACAGAUUUGACGAAAGUAUUAAUUACGAUUUGUGGAAUGUUACCGUAUAAUUAGUUAUUUUUUAUUAGUAAUUAAUAUCGUUAUAAUUAAGCAUUGCAUGAUUAUACCAAAGUUUUGUUUAUAAGUUUAGAAUAAUCAUUAUUUAUAUAUUUUAAGUGCCAGUUUAAAACGUUUGUUAAUUUACCUAUACUUAUUGGAAUUGUUGUUAAAGAAGUGCCAUAUAUUUUUGCGUAUGAAUAUUACAGAGAAUCGUUUGACUAUUGAAAUUUAUUUCAGGACAAUAAAAUUAGUUUUCUAUGUACAAACAUAAUCAAUAAAAGUACUUUAAUUUAUA